UCCUCCUCCUCCUCCCUCUGUUGCAGAGCGCGUUCGUCGUGCUGGGAGGCGGACGGAGCGAGAGGAGUGCGCGAGGCCUUUCCCAAGCACGGACACACACAUACAUACUACACACUCACUCGCACACGGAUGGCGGGACACAGGCAAGAAGCGAAAUCCGCGUGACCGGUAUCGUGCUCCUUCUUUUCCUUUUAGUUUUCACUUCUGUGCCGAGAGAGAGCGAGAGCAAAAGAGAGAGAGAGAGGGAGAGAGAGAGGCUGCGCUUUAUUUAUUUAUCUAUCGAUUGCUUGCGUUUUAAUUAGUGGCCUGUGACUGCGAGUGAAGGGGAGGAGGAAGGAGGAGCACAGCGCGAGCCUUACCUUACUGACACACUUAUUUAAUGUAGCUGUAACGGGUUAAAUUAUAGAUUUUUGAAUCCGAGAGCGUUCCUAGACGUGUGUGUAGGCUAUGUGUGAGUGCGUGUGUUUGCGUUGAUUGUGAGAAAGACAGAGAGAAAAAGAGAGAGAGGGAGAGAAUGAAACAGUGAGAGGGGCGACACGCUGAGAAAACCAAAAACAUAGACGAGCUAAAUGUUUCUGCUUAAACGGGUUACGAUCCAGUCGCCUUUGUAGCGCGAGAGCCGGUAGGUAUAGUUUUCAGGCGAAUGGAGGGAUGAGCGCGCGCCUGAGGUUUGUUUUUUGAUCUUCAGGCACGAGAGCGAAACCAAAGCGAGAGGCCACGACGGCGGCGUUUUUCUUCCACAGUCUGAAUGAGGCAGAAAAAGUGAAGUUCAGGUGUAGCAGCCACGGCCCGGUCACUCUGAUCCGAACAGAGCAAAGACCACAGAUAUACCAAAAAAAACUAAAACUAAACGCGCUGUUUUAGGCUAAAAUAUCUCUAAAUAGCCGCUUCCUGACCAUCCGUGUGCGAGUUCGAGCACCAGCACAUAGUACAAACAGCAAAAAAAAAAAAAAAAAAAAAAAAAAAAAAAAGAAUAAAAACAUUAUUGUUAUUAUUUGUUAUAAUAGUACACCAAAGGAACCGUAACAAUGUCAGUAAGGCACAAUACCAAAAACAGUUAGCUCGCAUAGACUUCCACGCACAGCUCGCGCGCAUCUAUCUACUCCAACACCAUCAACUCCUCCUCCAGUUCUCCCAAAUACUAUAUUCCCACACCUGACCACCAAGAAGAAAUCAAAGAAGAAGAAGACGAAGCAAAGAAGAGGGACCGAGGACGAGCGCGUUUAACACCACCCCACCCCACCCCCAAAACAGCCAGACGACAGCGGAUCAUGUUUGUUCCCUUGCCGGUGCCGUUGGUUUUUCAGAGAAGCUCUCGUGACUUCGGCGCCUGGCGCCUCAAGGCUCCGCUGCCUCUGCGAUCCAGCUCCGUAGAUAUCAAGAUGUCUAAAGCAAUCGAGGAUGAGAAGACUGGGGCUGACUUUCCUGCAGACAGCACAGACUCAGAGAGGAACAGUCCUGAGGCUAGCGAUCAGACCCAGCCAAUGAAAACGAGUCCAUUCUGCCUCUCUCCGACACCAAGCCACACCAAGGUUAAAGCAGAAGAGCCACCUGAGAUGCCCAGUUCUCACGCUCCACCUCCUCAGCCUACCCUACAGCACACACAGCUCAUGCUGGCUGGUAGUCAGCUUGCCGGGCUGGCGGCUCUUCUCCCAGCACAGCAACAGCUUUUGCUACAGCAGGCCCAGGCCCAGCUCCUUGCCGCCGCUGUCCAGCAGUCCAAUGCUGCACAUGCAGCCCACGCUGCCCAGGCCGCCGCUGCCGCCAAUCAGCAGCAGCAGGCCCAGCAACAGCAGCAGCAAUCCAGUCAGGCACAGAUCCAGCAGCAAGCCAAACCCGAGCAAAGUCCCGCUCAAGCCCCACCCCCGCUUGCCCUCACGCAGCCAAUCCAGCUCACAGCCCAGGACAUUCAGCAGUUAUUACAGCUGCAGCAAUUGGUGCUGAUGCCAGGUCACCCUCUGCAGUCUCCUGCUCAGUUCCUCUUACCCCAAGCCCAGGCCCAACAGAGCCAGCAAGGUCUACUUUCAACACAAAAUUUGAUUUCACUACCUCAGCAAAGUCCAGGAGCCCUACUGACCACUCCACCCAGACUGAGCAUGCAAACACAGCGCCGUCAUGACGACAGGCUGUGGUCGUUACAGAGGGAGAAGAGUGUGGAGAGCACAGUGAGCUCUGCCCCCUCGGCAGCUCCGCCAAUGAGCUCGGUUACCACAGUGACCCCGCACACUGAGGAGCCCAACGACCUGGAGGAGCUGGAGCAGUUCGCUCGCACUUUCAAACAAAGGAGGAUUAAACUGGGCUUCACACAGGGUGAUGUGGGGAUGGCCAUGGGAAAGCUGUAUGGAAAUGAUUUCAGUCAAACCACCAUCUCUCGAUUUGAGGCGCUCAACCUCAGCUUCAAGAACAUGUGCAAGCUCAAGCCACUGCUGGAGAAAUGGCUGAGUGAUGCAGAAACCAUGGCGAUAGACAACAUGCUGCCCAGCCCCAGCUCCCUGUCUUCUCCGAUGCUGGGCUUUGAAGGGUUGCCUGGACGACGCAGGAAGAAACGCACCAGCAUUGAGACAAACGUCCGCGUAGCCCUGGAGCGCAACUUCAUCAUGAACCAGAAACCAACCUCAGAGGAGAUCCUUCUGAUGGCUGAGCAGCUCAACAUGGAGAAGGAGGUGAUCCGCGUCUGGUUCUGCAACCGCCGUCAGAAAGAGAAACGCAUCAACCCCUCCAGCGCCACCCCUCCCCUGCCCAGCCAGCCCCCCCCUGCGACGCACAAACCCCCCUGCUACAGCCCACAGAUGAUGUCCGCUCAGGGACUUGCUCAGGCUGCCACCAGCCUCAGUGCUACAGCUGUUAGUCCCACCCCCUCUGUGGCUUGCCCUCCUAACCCUACUGGCCAUGCAGCAAUGAGCUCUGCCCCAUCUUCAGUGACUCCGCCUCCCCUCAGCACAGCAAGUCCUGCUCCACCCAGUUUGAGCAGCCCUGGUCUCAGCACAGGGAACACAAUGAUGGGUGUAAGCACAGGCAUGAACCAGGCUCUCAUCAGCAGCAACCCCCUGGCUACCAUGCAAGCUCUGGCUGCCAGUGGUGGCCAAAUGCCCAUUACAGCUCUUGACGGCAGUGGUCAGAUGUUCCUUGGCGGAGCUGGAGGUCCAGGGGGCGGACUGCGCCCCUCCCUCUUCCUUAACCGCCACACCCUGUUGCCCAUGGCAGCAGGUGCCAGCAUGGGCUUGGUCAGCGCUGCCAGAGUGUCUCCACCACCCAGCAUGAGCCGCAUGAGCCCUGACUCGUGCUCCGCCUCUCCCUGCUCAAGCCCCGCCUCCUUCUGUUCUUUCAGCGAAGCCUCGCCCCCGCCUCUGGGCGGGGCCAUGGCCGAGUGACGGCCACUGCGACCUAUAUCGGCUUGCUCAAGAGGGAGGAGUCAGUCAGUGGAGCAGUCGGAACACCAAAAACAAAAACCUCGCCUUUUCAACCAAAGCCAUCUCUCACUCCCUCCAUCACUCUCCUUCACUCCCUCUCUCACAGAGUCUUUUAAUGCCAAAAAUACACAGACUGUACGAGGGAGGGGUGUGCGGGAGAACGGGGGAGGAGGAGAGAACAGGAGAACGGGGGAUGUUGAAACCAAAAAAUAAAUUGAUCUGUCUAUUCAUUUGGAGAGGUGACAUCGCAGAGUUUCUUUGUUGGCCAUUAACGAUACUGUAUAUGUACUCCUUUCUAAUCGAAGAAGAGACUUAAAGAAAUGGAUAAACCUGAGGGCAGGGAUGAGAGCCAAAAAAAAUGACUGUGUUGUGAAAAAAACGGGUGGCAGAGAAAAGGAACGAAAGAAGGACAAAUUGACUUAGUGUCAAUGGAUGGAAUGGAAAAGUUGAAACCAAAAAAUAAACAAAUAAGACGCAAGCGAAAAGAAAAGAGACUCAUGAAGACAAACAAUGACAAAAAUGCCAAAAUUGCCAAAACCAAAAUACCAAAAACCGAAACCAAAAAAUCGGAGAGAAAAGCUUUACCUUAAAAGACUUUUUAAACCUGACCCGUCCAGGAUCAGAUCAUCAACUUCACAAAACAGCACCAAAAAUAUUCCUCAUUGUUGAGAGUUCAGUUCACUAUCUGUAGUUCUUCACUGAUUCUGCACACUGCUUUACAUUCACCUUCUCAUUUUGUACUUUUUUCAACAUCUUUUUUGACUUUUCUGUAUAUUUACAUCUUUCUUAAUCUACCUCUGCUGUCAGUCCACCAGAUUUAUUCCACUCCAUUUCAGAUGACCAGUAUUCUGGAUACUUUCAACCAGUUACAGCUCUAUCUUUCUUUUUAUUAUCAUCAUCAUUUCCAGUCAUAUAGUGCACUGGAAAGUGCAUUAUACUCUAGGCUAACAUUAGAUUUGUGCUCAAAAAAGAGUGAUGAUAAUAUGUUUGAGACACAUUUCUUCCCAAACCUUCAUCCCACCAUCACUUCAUCAUUCAUUUCAUUAUUCAUACUGUCAUUCUAUAACUCAGACUUGUUCUCUUGGAUACCAAAGCGUUUGUCUGACCUUUUAGCACUGGCUAAGAAGCAUUCAGACAAGACCUCAGACAUGUCAAAAAAACAAAACACAAACAGAUGAAGAAAUGAAAAGGAAAUUAUACUACUGAAAAAAAAAGCAACGCUGUCCCCCCACCCCGAGCCCCCAACCCCCUGCCCUCCAGCCGCUCUCUAUCCCUCUCCUGUGCCUCGGAAAAGAGCAGAUCAAAGGCCCAAAUCAAGGAGGAGGAGGAGAAGAGGAAGCGAAACGAACCGACAAAACAAGAGUAGAGAGCAGUGGAUGAAGAGGCAAGAAGAGACGCACGGGAUGUGCAGGGGAAAUUUUACAAGCGUAAGCUGGACGGGGAGCCUCCAAACCGGGAAGCAGAAUGUUGCUGUUGUUGAUGAUUUCCUUUUUCGUUUUUUCUUUUCUUUUUUUUUUCCUAUUCCAACACAAAGAUCAAACCAAAAAUGAACGUAAGCAAGCAAAACCAAUGAAGGACUGAAUGAACCAAGAAAGGAACCCAAAAACCAAAUAUAAGGAGUGGACAAAUUGGAGGUGGACAAGGAGGAAGGCUUUUAGUAAAGAGAAGUGGGCCAGCGCCUGUUUGUCGUAGACUGACCAAGCUGUGAUUGGCAGUCCGAAAGUUCAAAGUGUUGACUGACAGAUGAGCUCUGUGCCCGCUCCUCCUUCCCUCCUGUUCUUCACGAUGUAUGGCCUCGAUUCGUUCACUCUCUUUUUUCCUGGGCGGAGGAAUAUUUAUUGACCUCACUGAACUGAACUUUGAAAUAUAUAUAUAUACAUAUA